AUGGUUUCCUCUUGUGUUCUUUUUGGUUAUUUUGCAGAAACAGCUAGCCGUGCACGACGCCAACAACCUGUGAGUCGCCCCGAUUUUCCAUGGUAUUCUUUUCCUAGGACUGUUAGACCCGAGAUUUACGCAAGAUGGAAUGUAAAACUUGACUGGAUGAAGCAGCGAAAAGUCCAUGUGCCUGCGGUUGUGGAUUGGCACUGGAUUGGACAAACCAGAUUAAUGGAGGGACUUGAGCCAUACUUGGAUAAAGCGUUCAAUAGCAUUCAUGGGCAAUUUGUUUGUAUGGGGUGGAGACGGCUAUUUGAAAUCCAAGAAGUCGUGUACAAGGAGUUAGUAGUCGAGUUUCUAGCCACGGUUUCUUUUACACGGAAAUAUGGACGAGAAUUUAUCUUCCAGCCGAGGCACAUUCUGAAGCUUAUCAACAAUAUAUUGCUCGAUACGUUUGGAUUACCGAGGGGUUCAAAGCGGAAGCACAUUGGAAUAAAAUUGUAA